UCCCCUUUCUCCUCUUCCGUGGUGUCUGCAACGUCCUGGAAGGCCAGAAUGAGAGCUCUGUGGCUGCUUGUCCUGACUGGUUUAGCGUGCCUUCCUCUUUCUACUGCAGAAGGUGGCAUUGGCCCAUCGGAGAAGAAACCAAAGAAAGCCAAGCUGUCCCAAAUCAAGGAGGAGGACAAUGUUCUGGUCCUAAAAAAGAGCAACUUUGAGAGGGCUCUGAAUGGAACACAGUACCUGCUGGUGGAGUUCUACAUCCCGUUAUCUGGACCUUCUCAGAGCUUGGCUGCAGAGUUUGCCAAAGCUGCAGAACAGUUGAAGAAGGAAUCUGUGGAUAUCCGAUUUGGCAAAGUGGAUGUGACCGAUCAGAAAGACUUAAAAAAGGAAUUCGGCAUCCUGGAAUAUCCGACCCUGAAGUUUUUUGUAGACGGUGACAGGAAAAACCCCGUUGAUUGCAAAGGAGUUAGAGAAGCUUCUGCCUUCAUUACAUGGGUCAGGAGGCAAAUAGGACUCAGUACUGUACUUCUUAAUAGCACAGACCAGGCCAAAACCUUCAUAGACUCCGAUGAUUUGGUGGUGAUUGGCUUUUUUAAGAGCGUUCAAGGUGGAGCUGUGGAGGUUUUCUAUGAUUCUGCAAGAGAUGUCCCUGAACUUCCUUUUGGAGUAACAGCCAGCGAAGAGGUUUUUGCUGACUUUGGCAUCAGAGAAGACAUGGUGGUUGUGUUCCAAAAGGGAAAGCCCGUUCAUAAUGAAGCAUCUGAGGAAGGCAAACUGAACAAAGUGGACCUUACUGGAUUAAUAAAAACAUUCACCAUGGAUUUAGUCAUAGAGUAUAAUCUUGAGACAUCUGUGAAGAUUUUUGACGUGCCCGUUGAAAAUCACAUCGUUCUCUUCAUGGCCAAGAGCGCUGACAUGUUUGGCUCAGCUUACGACAAUUAUACAUCUGCUGCCUCGGAAUUCAGAGGGAAGAUUAUGUUCAUCUUUGUGGAUACUGAUGAAACCAGAAAUGGCCGUGUGAUUGAGUACUUCCGGGUAACAGAGGUAGAAGUCCCUUCUGUUCAAAUCCUGAACUUGACAAGUAAUGUCAAGUACAAGAUGCCUGCAGAUGAAGUGACCCCGGAGAAUCUACGAAACUUCUGCCGGAACUACUUAGAAGGAAAAGCAAAGCCACAUAAAUCCAGCGAGGAAAUCCAAGAAGGCUGGGAUAAGAAGCCGGUGAAAGUCCUGGUUGGGAGCAACUUUGACCGGGUUGUCUUUAAUAAGAAGAACCACGUGUUUGUCCUGUUCUAUGCACCCUGGUCUCGCGACUGCCAAAAACUGCUACCUGUAUGGGACGAAUUUGGCAAGUUGUAUGAAAGCCGGAAAAACGUUGUCAUUGCCAAAAUCGACUUCACGGCAAAUGACAUUCUGUUAAUCAACCUGGAACGGUACCCGUUCUUCAGGUACUUCCCUGCAGGAUCUGAAACAGAGGUUGUCCCAUACAAAGGCGAGCACAAUCUUGAUGCUUUUGCUAAAUUCUUAGAAGAACAAAUUAAGGCAAGAAAGAAGGACUCAUCCAAAGCCAAGAAAGAAGACCCUGAGAAGGAGAACGAAAGAACUGUGCAAAAGGAAGAGCUGUAGGUUUUCCUUAAAGCACAGAUAACAUUGAUUUUUGAAGGAUGGUAGUUGUUUACAAGAAUCUUGACCUGAUCAUGGGGAUUUGAGAAGGUAUUCAAA